GUGAGGAGGAGCGGACGGUUCGGGAGGCGGGAGGAGAUUGUGAGCACAGGGUAGGAAUGGAACCCGCGGCUGGACUGGGAACUGGAUCAACUUCUGGGAAUAUUAGAAGGAAGGAUUUGCAGAUGUGAAACUCAAACCAAACAUCAUAUCACAAUUUGGAUGACUCACUCUGAAUAUUGUUGGCCUUUGAAUGUGGAAAGAGAAAUGUUCCUCUGUUCAGUCUAUUGGAAAAGAUUUCAAACACCAGUGUGGCUGGAAAAGCACCGACACACACACCCAAGUGAGCGUUCCAGUGAACUGACUGGAAAGAACUUUAACCAGUUACACAGUCUGAAAAACAUCACACCAUUCACAGUGAGGAGAAACUGUAGAAGUGUUGUAUGUGGAUGAGGCUUCACUGAUUGUCCAACCUGGAGAGACACAAGCACCCUGGUACCAUGGAGAAACCAUGGAAAUGUCGGGACUGUGGUAAAGGAUUCAAUUAUCCAUCCCUUCUGGAAAUUCAUCAACACAGUCACACUGGGGCCAGCACACAGGAGAAACUAUGGAAAUGUGAAGAUUGCGGUAAAGGAUUCAAUUAUCCAUCCCAGCUGAAAAACCACCAACACAUUCACGCUGUGGAAAAGCCAUUCACCUGUUCAGUGUGUCGGAAGGGAUUCACUGGGUCAUCCCAUCUGCUGACACACCAGCUUAUUCACACUGAGGAGAAGCCAUUCAUCUGCACUUACUGUGGAAAGAGAUUCAGAUCUUCUUCCAACCUCACUGCACACCAGCGAAUUCACAGUGGGGAGAGGCCGUUCGCCUGCUCGGUGUGUGGGAAGGGGUUCACUGGGUCAUCCCACCUGCUGACACACCAGCUUAUUCACACUGAGGAGAAGCCAUUCAUCUGCACUUACUGUGGAAAGCGAUUCAGAUCUUCAUCCAACCUCACUGCACACCAGCGAAUUCACACUGAGGAGAGGCCGUUCACCUGCUCCUUGUGUGAGAAGGAAUUUGCUCGGUUAUCCAGCCUCCAGAACCACCAGCAGGCUCACACUGAGCAGAAGCUAUUCACCUGCAGCUCCUGUGGAAAAAGGUUCAGGUGUUCAUCCAGCCUUAUUAAACAUCAGCGAGCUCACACUGGGGAGAAGCCAUUCAUCUGCUCUGUGUGUGGGAAGGGAUUCACAAAGUCCUCCAACUUGGCGAUACACCAGAGAAUUCACACUGGAGAGAGACCGUUCACUUGCUCCAUGUGUGGGAAGAGAUUCACUCAGUCACAACACCUGCUGAGACACCAGCAAAUUCAUAAAUGACUGCAGGGAUUGGUUUCUGCUAUUUUUGCUGCUGUGAAUCAGAUCCAGCAUUGGUAUUCUGAUGUUAUUAACAAUCCUAUAACUGACUGAAGUUGAAUGGUCCGGAGGUGUCACUGAUUUUUGGGUCUGCAAUGUCCCUUUUUAAAAGCACCAUCUGUGAUCUUUCCCCUUUGUUUAAGAAAUCUCAACAAGAACCCACUUACAAUAAAAUUAUGAACUUUUACUUCAAUCCUAAAUUGAUCUUUGAUGAAAAAUCUACAAUUCAGUGUCUGAAAGGUUCCUCCGAUUAACAUCUCCAAUUAGAAAGUGCUAAUUAAUCCUUGCUGACAAUUCUUAAUGACUUCCACAUUUUUCAUAGUGACACCUCCAUUAUGAAAUUAAGUUAAGGAACAUAAACAAAACAGUAAAAGAUUUUACUGGCACAUCAAUAAAAGCUUCAUCAAUCAACAUUGAUAUUGAUGAAGUUUGGAAGUCGCUGAGUUCUGACACAGCAGCAGCAACAUUUGGUUAAGAUGGAAUCCACAACAAAGGCUGGUUUGAGACUCACUCAGCAGAGAAGGCAUCUGUCAUUGAAGCAAAAAGCAAAGCCCACCAGAUGCACAGCAUAGAACACUCCAUCAUUUAAAAGUAUCAAGACAGUUGUGCAAAAAGACAGGGUGAUGAUGUGCAAAUAAACUCUGGAUCAACCUACAUGAAAUCCAAACCACCUGUUACAAUGGUAAUCUGCGUGCUAUGUAUGAUGUGAUCAAGAGCACACUUGGUGCUACCAUCACCAAAGUUGCCCCCUGAAAUUGAAAUCGACAGAUGGUGAAGUACUUACCAACAGAUGUAAACAUAUGUCCUGCUGGGUUGAACACUAUUGUCAGCUGUACACCCAUGAGAUGGACAUCUCCCAGUUUCCAUUUGACCCUCUCCCACAGCUUCCUGUCAGGGUUGAGUUGGAUAAGCUCAAAAAGACCAUUGAUUGCUUAGCAAGCAGGAAGGCACCCGGCAAGGAUGGAAUUGCAGCCAAACUGCUCAAGCACAGAAAGUCCCAUCUGCUGCCACUUUCACGAUCUCUGUCUCUAUUGGAAGGUAUGAUCCCUUCAACCCGAUAUGUGUGCAAAAAUCAUCACCACAAAUAAAAGCAAAGACUACAGGGGCAUCUCACUUCUCAGUGUCACAGGGAAGACCUUCGCUAGGGUCAUGCUUAAAAGACUACAUCUACAUGCAAACCGGUUGGGGAUGGGGUACGGGGAAGCAGCAGAGUCGAGCCUGAGACAGAAGUCUUUUGUUCUCUGGAACAUUUGGAAACAGCAGCUUAUUGUGAAUAGUAUAAUUCAAUAAA